GACAACGCCUGGUUCCUCUCGGGUCCUUCCGGCGUCGCCGGAGUGAAUUGAUCCGGGAGUUGAAGAGGGCUUCAAAGGUGGGAAGUGAAGUCAGUACCUCAGUAACCGCAUCAAGAGACAGUUUAGUGUGCUCAUUACUAGAAAAGAAGAUAUGCUGCAUUUCUUGGAGGUCAGUAUAUGUUUUGUGCUUUAUUCUUUUAUCACAAAAAAGAGAAGAAAGAUUGCAGUGAAUGAAGAUUCCUCUGCAUUUUAGCACUGCUUUUUCUACUGUAGUUGGCUUUUGAAUGAGGAUGACAAUGGAAGAGAUGAAGAAUGAAGCUGAGACCACUUCUAUGGUUUCUAUGCCCCUCUAUGCAGUCAUGUAUCCUGUGUUUAAUGAGCUAGAACGAGUAAAUCUGUCUGCAGCUCAGACACUGAGAGCAGCUUUCAUUAAGGCUGAAAAAGAAAAUCCAGGACUCACGCAAGACAUAAUUAUGAAAAUUUUAGAGAAAAAAAGUGUAGAAGUCAACUUCACAGAAUCCCUUCUUCGAAUGGCAGCUGAUGAUGUAGAAGAGUAUAUGAUUGAACGACCGGAGCCAGAAUUCCAGGACCUAAAUGAAAAGGCACGAGCACUUAAACAAAUUCUCAGUAAGAUCCCAGAUGAGAUUAACGACAGAGUGAGGUUUCUGCAGACAAUCAAGGAUAUAGCUAGUGCAAUAAAAGAACUUCUUGAUACAGUAAACAAUGUCUUCAAGAAAUAUCAAUACCAGAACCGCAGGGCACUCGAACACCAAAAGAAAGAAUUCGUAAAGUACUCUAAAAGUUUCAGUGAUACUCUGAAAACCUAUUUUAAGGAUGGCAAGGCAAUAAAUGUGUUCAUAAGUGCCAACCGACUAAUUCAUCAAACCAACUUGAUACUUCAGACCUUCAAAACUGUGGCCUGAGAGUUGUAUAUGUUAAGAGAUGUACUUCUCAGUGGCAGUAUUGGACUGCCUUUAUCUGUAAAUUUUAAAGUUUGACUGUAUAAAUUAUCAGUCCCUCCUGAAGGGACCUAAUAAUCCAGGAUGUUGAAUGGGAUUAUUGCCAUCUUACACCAUAUUUUUGUAAAAUGUAGCUUAAUCAUAAUCUCACACUGAAGAUUUUGCAUCACUUUUGCUAUUAUCAUUCUUUUAAGAAUUAUAAGCCAAAAGAAUUUACGCCUUAAUGUGUCAUUAUAUAACAUUCCUUAAAAGAAUUGUAAAUAUUGGUGUUUGUUUCUGACAUUUUAACUUGAAAGCGAUAUGCUGCAAGAUAAUGUAUUUAACAAUAUUUGGUGGCAAAUAUUCAAUAAAUAGUUUACAUCUGUUAAACAUUUCUUUACUUGAAAAAAUGCAUAUAUAUAUGUGAAUAUAUAUAUGAUCAGAAGACCAAGACGACUUGGUGUAAUGUCUAAAGAACUUCUAAGGGGAGCUUAUUAGCAGUUUAUCAGAUAAUAAAGCAACAAGAAUUCCUAUAUUUUUGUCCUUAAUCACUCUGGGCAAAAAGUAGUUGAUGGAGAUAUUUUUGUUAGUUACUAUAUUUGAGGUAGUGAGUAUUUUUCCAACCUUUGUUUUAAGAGACUUAUGAGAAGCAGAUGGCAGCUUGUAGUGUCUUCACAUUCUACUGCCAUUUUUGAGCUCUGUGACAAUGUAAGAUUAAGUCUUUCUGGUAUGCUGGGCCCUAAUAAGCUUUGCGCCUUUUUUCCAUAAAUAGCCACAACUAAUAGUAAUUUGAAGCUAUACCAAUGCUAGUUGGUUUGAAAUUGUCAUGAGUGUUAAUAAUAUUAUAUACACUCUUUAAAUAUGUACAGUUUUGUUUCACCAUAGAGAAAUUCUAAGGAAAUUAUGUAUCAAGUAUUCAUGUUAAAGUGAUUUCAUUUUUCAAUUAUGAUAAAAUAAAGGAAAAAAUCAGAAUUUGUUUAUCUUUUAUAAAGAUUUUAAAUGUUAAACUAAUUUCUGUUGAUGAUAUAAAUUUUUUGCU